AUUUUUAUUAUCGAUAUUAUUUAUUAAAUAUAAAGUUGUUGGUUGAUGUUGUUACCAAAUUUAAUAAUGUGUACGUUAAAUAUAGGGAUAAUUUCAUUUUUAAUAUUUCUUAUAUAUUCAAUGCAAAGAUCAGAUGGUGCAAAUGCAAACUUUGAUCCGUUAGAAUAUGUAAGAAAUUUAAAACAUACAAAAAUAAUUAUUGAUACCGAUUCGGGAGCAGAUGAUGCGUUAGCAAUUUUAACAUCAAUACAAUAUUUAAGAAAAGAAUUAAAUGACACCGAAAUUAUUGGAAUUACAUGUGUUCAUGGCAACACGGAAUUGAAGAAUGUUAAAAUAAAUGUUUUAAAAACAUUAAAAGUUGCAAAGAGUUUACAGAUUCCUGUUUAUGCUGGUGCGAAUAGCACAAUUUUGGAUAUACCAGUACAAGAUGGAUAUUAUUAUGGAUACGAUGGAUUAGGUGAUUUUGAAUUUCCAAAUCCACCAGAUCUUGGAAUUAUCAAAUCUGAGCACGCUGUAAAUGCUUUAAUUCGAUUGGUUCGGGAAAAUCCAGGUGAGAUUACGAUAUUUGCUCUUGGGCCGUUAACAAAUAUUGCAUUAGCUAUACGAAUAGAUCCUACCUUUCGAAAAAAUAUCAAAAAUUUGAUUAUAUUGGGAGGUAGUGUAAGUGGUUAUGGAAACGUUGUACCCGGGAUAGAAUUUAAUUUCUUCACGGAUCCAAUUGCAAAUCAUAUUGUUUUUAAUUCAACAAAUAGUGAAGAAAUUUCUCCAUUAAUCAUAAUGCCAUGGGAUACAAUGGCUCUUUAUGGUUUUAUGGAUAAGGAUUGGCGUCUCAAUGUAUUAGGAAAAAUUGAUAACGACAUGAUUGAUUUUAUAAAUAAAGCAGAAGGUGUUUCAUUACCAAAAAAUUCAUAUUGGGUAUCGUCUGACACAUAUUUAGCAACUACCGCAUUAAAUCCAAAGAUUGCAACAGCUGCUGAACAUUAUUAUAUCGCUCCAGUGACCGAAGGAGAAUUUCGUGGUGGUUUACUUCCAGAUAAACUUAAUAAAUUAAAACUAUAUAAGAAUACAAUUGUUAUAACGCAAGUAGAUCAAAAAAUGUAUAAGGAACAUUUAUUGAAAUGUUUACAAGAUUAAGUUAAGACCAAAGAUUUAAUAUAAUAAAUAUUAUUCUA